AUGAGCAUCAAGACUGCCUGUUGUGGAUGCGGGAAGGACGUGGUUGAGGCUGCUUUCUGGACUCGUGAGUAUCCAGCAUCUGGACGUUAUGUCCUGUGAGGGGAGCGGUGAGGGGAGCGUGUGAGCCGAGAGCAGCUGCUUUUUGACAGUUCAUGCAUCAGACAGGGGAUGCAGCAAACCUCUGCCCUGAGCACAGGGGCUUCUGGAGCUAGCUGUACCCACGGUGGGGGAGAGCCAGGUGGGGUGGAGGGGUCUUAUCGCACAGGGAGGAGGCAGGCUAAACCAAGGUGGUCCUGUGGAGAUCUCAGCCAAGAGUCAAGAGGCUCACCUGCGCUCUGUUAGAGCUGAGCUUGGAUUUACUGGUGUGAGAUAUGAUAAGAACUUUCUCUGAAUGAGUAUAUAUGCUGGGAAGCACCAGGUUUACCACCAGGAUCACUGGGAACACCAAGGACAUAGCGCCUCAGGCAAGCAGGCAUGCCGGCAGCUGGAGCUUUAUCAAGCGGCUGGUGAUUGAAUUCUGAUUUCAUUUCAGGAGUUUUUCAUCAACAGUCGGAAGCCAAAGGGAAACCUGAGUUUUGGUUUAUGAGAUUGGACUCUCAUUCUGUUUGUGGAGUAAGACCAGAAUCCUAGAGAGAAUCCCAUGAUCCAGAUUACAUGAAUACCCUUACCUCAUCAUGGUUCUACCGUCAGAGCUCUCAGACAGGUUGUCCAAUAAAGCCAUGGGACUGAGACAGAGGUGACCAAGUGCUACAAAGUGUACUCUGUGGAGCUGUAACUUACUUUGGUUUACCAUACACGUGGAAUAUUAUCUGUUUAAAAAAAGGAUGAUGAUGAUGAUGGUUUAACCAGGAUAAAAGACAGCAUGUGGAAUAUGAUAUCCAGUAAUACUGUAUCAUCUUUGUGUGGUCUGGAAAAUUAUUUUGUUUAGUGCACCGUAUUACAGUGUGCUAGAAAUGACACAUUUUGAGGCAUUGGCAAUUUCCAUGUCAGUAAUUAGCAAAACAUUUUGAUGGAAGAUACCAGAUUGGCUCAAUCAAUUGAACGUGGUGAUCAAUAUUCAAAGGAUCUACAUAUCCACCUCUACCUCCACCCUUGCCUGACAUUGACACUCACAGUAACAACAGUGGGUGUACAGUAUACCACGUGGGCAGGUUCCACAACUAUAUCUCUAGUGUAAGAAUAGCCGGGCCCCCUCCUGCCUUGUGGGAGCCGCCCUCCCACAGCCUGGACCCUGUCUCCUCUGCCCUGCUGGUGCUCCUGCAUUCGGUUGUGCUGGCCGAGGAUGAUGUGGCAAUGCCAUGUCUCGUCCUCGGAGUGCCGCUGCUACCGGUUGAACGGCUUCUCCCUGCUGAAGCGCUUCCCUCUCUCGGCAGAUGGGGCCUGCAGCAAAGCCCUGGACCAGCCUGUGGGAGAGUGGCUGGAGCAUGUGGGGCUGCCGCAGUACGAGAGCAAGCUGCUGCUUAAUGGCUUCGACGACCUGCGCUACAUGGUGAGUCAACGUUUCUAAGAUCUUUUACACUUUUCAUCUCUUUCCAUCUCCCUUUCUCCCUCCCUCCUUUUCCAUCUUCCCCUCUUCUAUUUCACUUUCCCUUCCGGAUUCUGUCUCCCCCAGUUUCUCUCUCUCUUCCAUUGCUGCUCUUCACCUCUCCUUGCUAUACAGUAGAUGACCCCAUACAGAUGUAUGUGCUUACUGUAAAUCCCUUUGAAGUGUAGAAUAUGUCACCAAUGGUAAGACGAAUCACAACAAAACCUUUCAACUUUUUUCCUUCAUCCCCUAUUAUGCCAUCUGAUUUACAGUAAAAUCCCAUCGUCACCACCAUCCCCCCUAUAUUGUCAGGCUGAUUUAUGUUCUACAACCUCAACCUCCAUGCUGGCCUGGCCAGAAAGCAUUCUCAGUAUAGCUCACCCAAUCAUCAGCAGAUACAACAAACCACUCUGUUGAGGUCACAGUAUGGAUUUUACUUCCUGGCAAUUCUAUAAGAUAUUUUGUGGCAAAGUGAAGUUUUUUUUUUGUGAUGUCAUGGUCAAGUUGUAUACUGAUGUUUUUUUCUGGUUAUCUUAUGCCACUUCAGCCAGAAAAUGACAUCAUUAUGACAUCCCUUGUGUCUCGUAUGUCUCUUGUUUCUGGAAAGCAUAGACAGAUUCAACUGGCUUUGCCUCUGGAAUUAUGUAUUAAUAAAAUGGUUUAGCUGCAGCUGAAAUUACUGUAUGUGUUGUGUCAAACUAAAAGAGGCAAUCAUGUUCCUUUUAAGUUACAACACACGGAUGUGUGUUACAACAUUUGCCAAUGAAUGUACAAAACAACACUGACAUUUCCUCUGAUUAGGUAAAUUUGAAAAAGCUGUUGUAAAUGGUGAAUAACAUGGUCUUUAAAGCAAACACUAAUUGAUCUGACGACACAGCUGCUUCAGUACUGUUGUUUACAUGAGGUUACCACAGAUGAGAGCUUGGCCAGGGGCAACGGACUGCACCUGUUAGAGAGGUCACAUAACCAAUGGAAGAAGUCUGAUAGACUAUGUAUGGACUGAAAAUAGCUAGUCAGUCAGCAUAGUGAUGUAGUGUGGAUUGUACCAACCAGAAUUACGGUGUUCGUGUUAAUAAGGUAAUAACAGGAUGAGGAUCAUGGGUUAUUAGCUUUGUGAUGUUAAUGUUCAUCUCUUGACUAAUGUCUGAGGAGUAGAAGCACCAACCAGAUAAUUAAUUAGCUCUCUGCAGGACAAAUUGCCCUCAGAUACUUUUAAGGACUUGCAGGUUGCUGUCUGAAUAGGUCAGAGCAGUCAGAAAUAUGUUUUAAAGGUUGAAUGGUGUCUCAAUGGUGUCACCCAGAUUCAUUGUGUUAUCACUGCAGUGCUGCUCCGUUUAUUUGUUUAUUUACUUGGUGGGCUGACUCUAGAUCAGGGGAAGUGGUAUACUGGGUUUAGCCAGGUAUCAUUUUUAUUGAGUGGUUGAGAUGGCUCUGUGAGACACUGUUCAACCCCAUCAUCAAAUUAAUGUAGAUUAAAUCAAAUCACAUAGAAAUACAUGUCAUGAAGCCCAGAGGAGCAAAGGUAAUGGUGACUGUGCCGGAGAUGCACAUUAGUUGGUGAGCAGCUAGCCUGAAAGCUGCGAUGACAAAGCUCUUCAUUAAAUAAAAUACACUGUCUCUUUUAGAGUAUAGCCCAGUUGAGAAAUCUGAGUGCCCAAUUUCCCUGCUGAUCCCAAAGGCAAGAGUGUCAUAGAUCAAAUUCUUCAAAACAGAGAGAUCAGAGUUAGUCUACCCUUCAGACCUUCGGUCCUCUUUCACUGCCCCCUCCUCCUCCCCCAUCUCUGCAUGGGAUGAUUUCUUCAAGAUGCAGCUUUUGAGGGAUCAUAAAUAAUAAACAGCUGUGUGCCCAUUCUCAUACUUUUUACAAGAUGAUUAUCACUUUGCGUCGCUUUCGUCUAAUGGGACCCUCAUGUCUCUUGUAUGGCCUACCGUUCUGCCCUGAUGGGGUUUCUGGUGCCUCCUCAUUUCAUGGAACCUUCCCCCUUUGUGAUGAGGGACUGUAUGUAUCACAGUUAUGUAAUAGGUACUUAUAGAUAACAACAAAAAUAGCUAUUAAUUACUUAAUCAUAUAUUACUGAUUAAGUAUAAAUGACAAGCUCCAGUGGGACCUCCUGGAACGUCCAACAACCAUUUUAUUGGAAAUAUCUAUUUUCUGACGUCAGACACUGCGUUAUUUGGAUACUUGUUCUAGUGAUCAUCAGUGUGUUACUGUAACUGCUGCAUUGUGCUCCAGAAACAAGCAGUGAGGCUAGAUUUAGAAAAGACUAGCUACAUUUUAACAUUCUUGUCCAGGAAAAAUCUAUCUGCAGCAGUCCACUGGGGAAAUGCUGAGCUCCACAUUUUUAAGGAUCUCCUUAAAUCUUUAUUUCUCCCUAUAAAGCUGAUUUAGAUGACGAAGCAUGUGCCACUUAUGGAGAGUUAUGUAAAACAAAUGGUGAACAUCUAUUGUUGUCAAUCAUUACUGUAAAGGAAAAUGGGAAAUGUUUAGAUUACUUUAAUUAUUGUCUUCACCAUUAUAUACAGUGAAAUCCUCAUUCAUUGUCCCCUACACCACAGCUGUUUGCAUAUGCAUGUGUGUGCACACACACACACAUGCACACACACACAUACACAAACACACCCAAACACACAGAUACAUAGUCCUAAAUGUUUUUCUCAUGCCCAAUGUAAUUUGUCUCAAUGUAACAAUGUAGCUCAGAAGUAAAAGCUGCUGCAGUUGUGAUUGCUUUUCCCUUGGUGGUGUUGCAUUAGAAUAGAUUGAUUACCUUUGGCAUGCACAAUUUAUUUGACUCCAAUGUCCUCUCACCGCGUCAUUCCUGUUUGUCUGAGGACAUAAAUAAGCGCAUGCGCGUGUGUGUGUUUCUGUCUGUGUCUGUGUGUUUCUGUCUGUGUGUGUGUGUGUGUGUGUGUGUGUGUGUGUGUGUGUGUGUGUGUCUGUGUGUAUUAUUGAUUGCAUAUGAAUCAAAAUCAAAUCAAAUUUUAUUUUUCACAUGCGCCGAAUACAACAGGUGUAGACCUUACCGUGAAAUGCUUACUUACAAGCCCUUAACCAACAAUGCAGUUCAAGAAAUAGAGUUAAGAAAAUAUUUACUAAAUAAACUAAAGUAAAUUUUUUUAUAAAAAGUAACACAAUAAAAUAACAAUAACGAGGCAAUAUACAGGGGGUACCGGUAGUCCGGGUGGCCAUUUGAUUAAUUGUUCAGCAGUCUUAUGGCUUGGGGGUAGAAGCUGUUAAGGAGCCUUUUGGACCUAGACUUGGCGCUCCGGUACCGCUUGCCAUGCGGUAGCAGAGAGAACAGAUUUUUGGGGCCUUCCUCUGACACCGCCUAGUAUAUACAGUGGGGAAAAAAAGUAUUUAGUCAGCCACCAAUUGUGCAAGUUCUCCCACUUAAAAAGAUGAGAGAGGCCUGUAAUAUUCAUCAUAGGUACACUUCAACUAUGACAGACAAAUUGAGAAUUUUUUUUCCAGAAAAUUACAUUGUAGGAUUUUUAAUGAAUUUCUUUGCAAAUUAUGGUGGAAAAUAAGUAUUUGGUCACCUACAAACAAGCAAGAUUUCUGGCCCUCACAGACCUGUAACUUCUUCUUUAAGAGGCUCCUCUGUCCUCAACUCGUUACCUGUAUUAAUGGCAACUGUUUGAACUUGUCAUCAGUAUAAAAGACACCUGUUCACAACCUCAAACAGUCACACUCCAAACUCCACUAUGGCCAAGACCAAAGAGCUGUCAAAGGACACCAGAAACAAAAUUGUAGACCUGCACCAGGCUGGGAAGACUGAAUCUGCAAUAGGUAAGCAGCUUGGUUUGAAGAAAUCAACUGUGGGAGCAAUUAUUAGGAAAUGGAAGACAUACAAGACCACUGAUAAUCUCCCUCAAUCUGGGGCUCCACGCAAGAUCUCACCCCGUGGGGUCGAAAUGAUCACAAGAACGGUGAGCAAAAAUCCCAGAACCACACGGGGGACCUAGUGAAUGACCUGCAGAGAGCUGGGACCAAAGUAACAAAGCCUACCAUCAGUAACACACUACGCCACCAGGGACUCAAAUCCUGCAGUGCUAGACGUGUCCCCCUGCUUAAGCCAGUACAUGUCUGAAGUUUGCUAGAGUGCAUUUGGAUGAUCCAGAAGAGGAUUGUGUCACGAACGUCUGAAGGAUGAGACCAACGCGCAGCGCGUGUACCGAUAAACAUGAUGACUUUAUUAAAUUAAAGUGCAACACGAGAAAAACAACAAAAUACGAUACGUGAAGUUCCACUACUGAUACAGACAGCAACACGGAAACAAAAACCCACAAACCCCACAGGAAAACAUACAGAAUAAAUAUGGCUCCCAAUCAGAGAUAACGAGCCGAACAGCUGGCACUCGUUACCUCCGAUUGGGAGUCACAUGCCCAAUCAACAACAAAACCAAACAUAGAAAAUGAACAACCAGAUCCCACAUAGAAAUACACCCAAAAGAAAAUGACAACCCUGGCUCACAACAAAGAGUCCCGGAGCCAGAACGUCACAGUACCCCCCCCUAAAGGCGCGGACUGCGACCGCGCCUCACAACCCCACAAUAGGGGAGGGCUGGGUGGGUGUUGCUCCCCGGAGGCGGUUCCGGCUCCGGGCUUGACCACCACCCCACUAUAGUUCCUACCCGCUUUCUUAACCUCCUCCCAAUGACCACCCUCCACUUAAACCCACCUGGAUAAAUGGGCAGCACCGGACUAAGAGGCAGCACAAGGCUAAGGGACAGCACCGGACUAAGGGGCAGCACAGGACUACGUGGCGGAUCCUGGCUGGCUGGCUCUGACGGAUCUGGCUGCUCAUGGCUGGCUGACGGAUCUGGCGGCUCAUGGCUGGCUGACGGAUCUGGCGGCUCAUGGCUGGCUGACGGAUCUGGCCACUCAUGGCUGGCGGAAGGCUCUGGCUGAUCCCGUCUGGCGGAAGGCUCUGGCUGCUCCUGUCUGGCGGAAGGCUCUGGCUGAUCCGGUCUGACGGAAGGCUCUGGCUGCUCCUGUCUGGCGGAAGGCUCUGGCUGAUCCUGUCUGGCGAAAGGCUCUGGCUGAUCCUGUCUGGCGGAAGGCUCUGGCUGAUCCUGUCUGGCGGAAGGCUCUGGCUGAUCCUGUCUGGCGAAGAGCUCUAGCGGCUCCGGUCUGGCGGACGGCUCUGAAGGCUCAUGGCAGACGGGCGGCUUUGCAGGCUCAGUACAGACGGGCAGUUCAGACGGCGUUGGGCAGACGGACAGUUCAGACGGCGUUGGGCAGACGGGCAGUUCAGACGGCGUUGGGCAGACGGGCAGUUCAGACGGCGUUGGGCAGACGGGCAGUUCAGGCGCCGUUGUGCAGACGGGCAGUUCAAGCGCCGUUGGGCAGACGGGCAGUUCAAGCGCCGUUGGGCAGACGGGCAGUUCAGGCGCCGUUGGGCAGACGGCAGACUCUGGCCGUCUGAGGCGCACCAUAGACCUGAUGCGUGGUGCCGGAACUGGAGGUACCGGGCUGAGGACACGCAUCUCAGGGCUAGUGCGGGGAGAAGCAACAGGGCAUGCAGGACCCUGGGGACGCACAUAAGUCCUAGUGCGUGGUGCCGGAACUGGUGGUCCCGGGCUGAGGACACGCAUCUCAGGGCUAGUGCGGGGAGCAGCAACAGGGCAUGCAGGACCCUGGGGACGCACAUAAGUCCUAGUGCGUGGUGCCGGAACUGGUGGUCCCGGCCUGAGGACACGCAUCUCAGGGCUAGUGCGGGGAGUCGGAACAGGGCAUGCUGGACCCUGGGGACUCCCAUAACGCCUAGUGCGGGGAGCCGGAACAGGGCAUGCUGGACCCUGGGGACUCACCUCACGCCUAGUGCGGAGAGCAGGAACAGGCCGGGCGGGGCUGGCGACGCGCACCGUAUCCCUGGUGCGAGUGGCCGGAACAGGCCGGGCCGGGCUGGUGAAGCACACCGUAUCCCUGGUGCGUGGAGUAGGAACAGGCCGGGCUGGGCUGGCGAAGCGCACCGUAUCCCUGGUGCGUGGAGUAGGAACAGGCCGGGCUGGGCUGGCGAAGCGCACCGUAUCCCUGGUGCGUGGAGUAGGAACAGGCCGGGCUGGGCUGGCGAAGCGCACCGUAUCCCUGGUGCGUGGAGUAGGAACAGGCCGGUCCAUACCGGGAACACACACCACUGGCCUCAACCGAGGAUCAGGAACGGGCCGGACCGGACUGGCAACACACCUCAGUCCUUCACGCCGUGCCACACACACAUCCCUGCCUCUUCUCGCCAAUGGCUCCCGUACUCCGUUAGCCCUCUCACCUAUACUCCCUGUGGCAGCUUCCUGCUGCCCAGCCGCCCAAGCCAUGUGCCCCCCCCCAAAAAUUUCUUGGGGUUGCCUCUCGUCCUUCCGACGAAAAACCUGCUGCCGCCGAUGCUCCUCUCUUGCCAGGGCCUUGAUCUUCCCCCAAGGUCCCUUGCCCCCGAGCAUGUCCUCCCAGGACCACGAUUUGCCCACCUGGGCCAUCGCCAGCCUCUCGAUCUCCUUACCCGGCGCCUCCACCCAUGUCCAGUCUCUUUGCUCCUGUACACGCUGCUUGGUCUUGGUAUGGUGGGUUUUUCUGUCACGAUCGUCUGAAGGAGCGGACCAAUACGCAGCGCGUGUACCGAUAAACAUGAUGACUUUAUUAAAUUAAAGUGCAACACGAGAAAAACAACAAAAUACGAUACGUGAAGUUCCACUACUGAUACAGACAGCAACACGGAAACAAAAACCCACAAACCCCACAGGAAAACAUACAGAAUAAAUAUGGCUCCCAAUCAGAGAUAACGAGCCGAACAGCUGGCACUCGUUACCUCCGAUUGGGAGUCACAUGCCCAAUCAACAACAAAACCAAACAUAGAAAAUGAACAACCAGAUCCCACAUAGAAAUACACCCAAAAGAAAAUGACAACCCUGGCUCACAACAAAGAGUCCCGGAGCCAGAACGUCACAGAUUGGGAGAAUGUCAUAUGGUCAGAUGAAACCAAAAUAGAACUUUUUGGUAAAAACUCAACUCGUCGUGUUUGGAGGACAAAGAAUGCUGAGUUGCAUCCAAAGAACACAAUACCUACUGUGAAGCAUGGGAGUGGAAACAUCAUGCUUUGGGGCUGUUUUUCUGCAAAGGGACCAGGACGACUGAUCCGUGUAAAGAAAAUAAUGAAUGGGGCCAUGUAUCGUGAGAUUUUGAGUGAAAACCUCCUUCCAUCAGCAAGGGCAUUGAAGAUGAAACGUGGCUGGGUCUUUCAGCAUGACAAUGAUCCCAAACACACCGCCCGGGCAACGAAGGAGUGGCUUCGUAAGAAGCAUUUCAAGGUCCUGGAGUGGCCUAGCCAGUCUCCAGAUCUCAACCCCAUAGAAAAUCUUUGGAGGGAGUUGAAAGUCAGUGUUGCCCAGCCACAGCCCCAAAACAUCACUGCUCUAGAGGAGAUCUGCACGGAGGAAUGGGCCAAAAUACCAGCAACAGUGUGUGAAAACCUUGUGAAGACUUACAGAAAACGUUUGAUCUGUGUCAUUGCCAACAAAGGGUAUAUAACAAAGUAUUGAGAAACUUUUGUUAUUGACCAAAUACUUAUUUUCCACCAUAAUUUGCAAAUAAAUUCAUUAAAAAUCCUACAAUGUGAUUUUCUGGAUUUUUUUUCCUGAUUUUGUCUGCCAUAGUUGACGUGUACCUAUGAUGAAAAUUACAGGCCUCUCUCAUCUUUUUAAGUGGGAGAACUUGCACAAUUGGUGGCUGACUAAAUACUUUUUUCCCCCACUGUAGGUCCUGGAUGGCAGGAAGCUUGGCCCCAGUGAUGUACUGGGCCGUACACACUACGCUCUGUAGCACCUUACGGUCGGAUGCCGAGCAGUUGCCAUACCAGGUGGUGAUGCAACCGGUCAGGAUGCUCUCGAUGGUGCAGCUGUAGAACUUUUUGAGGAUCUGGGGACCCAUGCCAAAUCUUUUCAGUUUCCUUAGGGGGAAUAGGCUUUGUCGUGCCCUCUUCAUGACUGUCUUGCUAUGUUUGGACCAUGAUAGUUUGUUGGUGAUGUGGACACCAAGGAACUUGAAACACUCGACCCGCUCCAUUACAGCCCCGUCAAUGUGAAUGGGGCGUGUUCGGCCCCCCUUUUCCUGUAGUCCACGAUCAGCUCCAUCGUCUUGCUCACGUUGAGGGAGAAGUUGUUGUCCUGGCACCACACUGCCAGGUCUCUGACCUCCUCCCUAUUGGCUGUCUCAUUGUUGUCGUUGAUCAGGCCUACCACUGUUGUGUCGUCAGCUAACUUAAUGAUGGUGUUGGAGUCGUGUUUGGCCACGCAUAUAGACCUAGAGUGUAGGAGAUGUUGUAAUGUCUAUGUUAAUAGUUAGCUUAAGUGAUUUAUAUGUGUUUCUGCAUAAGCGUCUGCAGUUUGUGUAAUUAACUUGUGCGUGUGUGCGUGUGCAUGGGUGUACUGCGUGCGUUGGUGCAUGUGUAGGGCAGUAACGUGAUGGAGGACUUGGACCUUAGCGAUAUGGGAAUCACUGACCCUGGACACAGAAAGAAGAUCCUCCACGCAGCACGCAGCUUGCCCAAGGUAGUUAUCAUCAGUCCAGGGCACCGCCUGCAACCUUUUACCUGGUUGAGCAUUCAUCUCAGUCUAAGAACAUCAAGGUGUCAAGGAGUGUGCAUUGGAUUUAUCUACGUUUGUGCACAGUAUUUUCAAUCAUGAUAUGAUGACAGGUAUUGUAAAGUAGUUCGGAUCUUGCCUGUAGCUAUGACAAAAGCGAUCCUGUGAAAAAGCACUUUGACAUUGGGUGUGGUUGGAAUAUCCUGAAAGAAAUUGUGAAAUCCUGCUUUUACUUGAAUGUAAUUUGAUCUAUUUUCUUCCCCUGUCUGUAGGUGAAGGCCCUGGGCUGUGAUGGCAGCACCUCUCUCUCCACCUGGUUGGAUGUGUUAGGCCUGCAGGAGUACCUGCCUAACUUCCUGUCUAGCGGCUACCGUACCUUGGACUGUGUGAAGAACCUAUGGGAGUUGGAGAUUGUCAACGUGAGGCCAAUGUUUUGUUAGUGAAUUAUAGAGUGCCACAGAGAGGAGACAGCGCUGUACUGAGAUUAAGGCAAAACAGAUUUGAGUUGAAUAAUUGAGGAGAGUCCAUUCUGUCUGCCUGUUGUUUGCUGGCAUGGCUGCCCGACUAUGUAUUUCAGUGGAGGUUGCUGAGGGGAGGACUGCUCAUAAUAAUGGCUGGAACGUAAAUGGAAUGGCAUUAAACACAUGGAAACCAUGUGUUUGAUACCAUUCCACUAAUUCCGCUAAAGCCAUUACCACGAGCCCUUCCACCCUAAUUAAGGUGCACACAGCCCUUAGUACAGUCUAGUCACAAUUGUGUCCCAUCUGUGCUGGUCUCUGUAGGUGUUGAAGAUCGGCCCUCUCGGCCACAGGAAGAGGAUCAUAGCGUCUCUGGCAGAGCGGCCCUAUGAGGAGGCCCCGACCAAAUCACAGAUCUCUCACCGUCUCUCACAGAUCAGGGUUAGUUAGAGCCUUGUCACAUUUUAACAAUAAUACCACCUGUAUGACACUACUUAACGUUCUAAUACCUAAUUGAAAUUAGUAUUGAGUCACUAUUUUGUUUGAAAUCUUUCACGCCCACAUCAUCAAUCUGAUCAAUCAAUCUGUAUGUGGCAGUUUCAGGACCUGUUGUCCCAGACAGGGACCUCUGCUCUGAGUCAGAUGGACCCGUCCACCAGUCGCUCCAUGGACAUGCUCCUGCCCCUGGGAGAGGCCGGCAGGAGGAGAAGAGCCACGGACCAGGACUGCAGUGUGUCCCUGCGCUCCUACAGCGAGAGACCACGCUCUCACGUUAGUUCUCCUGCCAAAACGAUGUCUUUACCUGUAGCUCAUAAAGUGACUGAAAUAUGUGUCUCUGUGGUGUGCUUGGGAUGAUCAUGUCAUAAAGAGAGGAAGCUGCUGCUGGGGUAAUCUGAAACAGAAGCUGUUAUGUGUUUAACAGAUUAUUGAGUCAUUCCAUGCUUGUAUUAAAUAUAUAUUGAUCAGUCAAAGUGUUACAGCAUCUUUGUAGUUUUAUUAUCCAGUAAUAUUUUGUGACUAAAUGUUCUGCCAUAAGCAUCCCUGUACACUACAGGAUCAAGCCGUCUCUACUGUAUGUGUCUUUCUAGGACAGACAGAGUGACAGACAUAGGGAACCACGUUUGGCCCUCCGGCCGCCUAGCCAGUCUGCCACGUAUGCUACAGUGUCCGCUUGGCAUCACCAGCCUGAGAAACUCAUCUUAGAGUCCUGUGGGUAUGAGGCCAGUGUAAGUCGUUAUGCCCCCUGAAGAGAAGUCACCAACACUCUCAGCUAUUCAAUAUUGAUCAUUGCUUGAUGUAUCAGAAAUUGAUAGUUCAGAGAUGAUAACCUUCUUUGUUGCUUCUUUUCCAGUAUUUAGGAUCAAUGAUUAUCAGGGAUCUACGAGGGAUUGAGUCCACUCAAGAAGCCUGUGCCAAAAUUAGGGUACGUGAUGUCAUCAUUCUGCAGAUCAAUAUUCAAUCACUCUAUUCUAGCACUCCAUAUUAAUAUGGAUCCCCUCGCCAUUUUCUUUCUACUUGUAGAAGUCGAAGGACCAUUCAAGAAAGGGUCCUGUUGUCAUCCUUUCCAUCACCUAUAAAGGGGUCAAGUUCAUCGAUGCAGCCACUAAGGUACUGGGAGCCUGCAGGAAAUGAGAGACGCAUGAUGAUGUCAGCAGCAUCAUUUCCCUCUUUCGCUCUCUCAUACUGAUUCCCCUAAAAUAAAGAUAACACUGUUGGUGCCGAUGAAGUCUGUUGUUUCUGGUCGAUGUUGUUGUUCCUGUUGCUCCUCAGUUCCAUCCUGUUCUUCUGUCCUCUCAUCAGACCAUAGUAGCCGAGCAUGAGAUCAGGAACAUCUCCUGUGCGGCCCAGGACCCUGAGGACCUCUGCUCCUUCGCCUACAUUACCAAGGACAAUAAAAGUGGCCACCACUUCUGCCAUGUCUUCAGCACUGUGGAAGUGGUGAGGAACAUGAUUAUGACACCACCCCAAACCCUUCAAUCACUCCAUACAUUAUUAUCACUACUUAAGACUACAGAUGCUGCUGAGAAUUGUUCUACAUAGCAGGAAGGUUUUAAAAGGCUUCUAAUGUUUGUUAUUUCCACUUUAAAAUGUCAGUCUUGAUUUGCCCUAACGUAAAAUGUAUCAACCCCUACAAAAAAUGUCCAUUCAUUAUAAUCCAUAUAAUAGUUCACAUUUCCUGUUGCUGCAGGAUUAUUUUCCUGCUGUAGCAAACUGGCUAAAAUUCGUUUCUACACCUGUAUGCCAAAAUACAAUCACCCAUUUCCAACCUUAAAAUCUUUCUAAAGUACUCUGACUAUUAUUAAUUAAACUCUAAAUGCCAUAUCAUAUCAUAAAAAAGUUUGAUAGGAAAAGUUGAUUCGAAUUUGGCAACCUGCUGAUAAAACUGCAUGCAACUUCAUAUCUUGAUGAAUUAAAUAGCCUUAAUGUCUUGAUUAAAGUAAUGCACCUGCUGUCAUGCAAGUAACUUCAUAUCUUAAUUUGUCACUUUUAAAUCCGUGUUUCAAAAAGGCCUGGCACACGAUACAAAGCUACAUCUUGAUUGUCUAAUUGCAUCCUUGAUUAACAUAGUGCUCCUGCUAUGAAUGGCAUCGCAAUGACAAAAAUGCAGAUUUAUUAUAAUUAGUACCUCAUUCAGAGUGCCUCAUUCAAAGUAGCUGUCAGUCACUACUGCAACCGUCUGUUCAUUCUUUACUCCCUCCCUCGGUACAGACCCAGACCUAUGAGAUCAUCCUGACGCUGGGACAGGCCUUUGAGGUGGCCUAUCAGCUGGCUCUCCAGACCAAGGCCAGGCAGUAUGUCCCGGCCCCCCCACCAUCUCUGGGGUCAGAGGUCAUUGAGACCAAAUCCAGCCAGCCCACGUCACAGCAAUGGAGCAGCAUGAGGAGAUCAACAGUGGGUACCACACACUGAGCACAAACACAAAUCUCACUCGUAGCACAGCAUGUAGCUGUGUGUGCGUUUCUGUACUUGCAUUAUGUGUAUAUACAUACUGUGUUUCUGUAUAUUCAGUAUGUAUGUGUAAAUGUGUAUGUGUGGAUGCGGCUUUUAAACCACUGAUAACCCCGUUACACACAAAGGAAGACUUGUAGAGCGAUGAAAGUGAUGAGUCAUUAUUUUGCUACCAAUCUCAUCUCCCCAACUCUGAGUCACUCAGAUCGGAGUAGAUUUUCCUGCAGCCAUACAAUAUAAGAAUCAUGAUGAAUGAAUAGUCUUAUUUUUUUGCUUACAGGCAGGAUGUGAUUUCCUCUGUGAGUAGAGAGAGGGAGAGCUUUGUGUCUCUCUGCUGGUCACCUUGUCCCUUCACUGUUUCCCAGUAUAUUGAUUGAGAGUGUUACGUAAAUGUUUACGUAUGCCUCAGGCCAUGUAUGGAUGUAUUGACCUUUCAGGCCCAAGGAUAAUGAACACUUAGUGAUCACUGUCACCUGAGAAAGCUGCACCAUGCUUUAUUAUCUGCUAUAAACAGAAUAUAUAAUGAGGUAUAAUAUAUGAGGUAUAAUGUAUUAGGUAUAAAUUAAUCAGGGGCGCAACUGAAAUGGCAUUUUUGUCCCCCACUGUUUUAUCAUUGGAAUGUGAUACAAAACAAAGCAACGGUGUGCUUUAGGACCAUGCGGACGCCUCCAAGCAGUCGGGUAGGCUGUUUGGAGUGUUUAUUGGACUGGAUUAAAAAAAACGUACAAAAAAAACCCAUUAUGUCCCCCCCACUUCUAAAGCCAAAGUUGUGCCCCUGGGUAUAAUAUAUGAUGUAUAAUAUAUGAGGGAUACUAUAUGAGGUAUAAUAUGUGAGGUAUAAUAUAUGAGGUAUAAUAUAUUAGGUAUGUGAUUUCAUUCUUGCCAGGUGUGCACUAUUUUUGUCCCAUGUAAAUAAUGUCAUAAAUCACUGUGCAGCUGAACACUGUCAGUGUUGGGGAAGCUACUCUGAAAAUAUAGUUUACCACGCUAACAAUUACUUCACACUGGAAAAUGUUGAGCUACACUAAAGCUACCCUUAAGAAAAAUAUAGUUUACAUAACUAAAGUUACCUUGAAAAAGUAGUUCACUACAUCCAAACUGCUUCAUGAUACAUUAUCAUAUCUAAAUCUGAAAUGUCAUAGACUACAAAUUGCAAGAACAGCUCAGACGUUAACAGAAUGUGUAAAUUAGCCUAUUAAACAGAAAAACUGUUUCAAGUAAGAAUAUUUUAUUGUAUUUUUUAUUUUUUGUUUCAAGUGAGUAUAUUUUAUUUUAGCAAAAAAAGUAGUGUGUAGUUCCAGUUGUUAGCUACACCGCUACAUGACAAAAAUGUAAUUAACUACUGAAAACACUACCAAGAUUUGAAUGUAGUUUAACUACCACCAGUCUACUGCAAAGUGUAGUUAAAUUACUAGUUGAACUACAUGUAGUUCAGUACUCCCCCAAACUGCACUGUGUACCCUGUACUGUACUGUGCUGGCUGUGCCUAGAUACUGAAGGGAACCUGGCUAGUACAGUCCAGUCUAGUUGGCAGAUGAGAUAAAACCCUGCUAUGCCAGCUGCUGUCUAGUAUAAAACAUUGUUUCAGAGUUCAAUCUUAACAACAUUAUUUGUCUACACCAAAUAGGAUGUGAUAAACAACCUAGAUUAUACACUCUUUACAGUAUACCGUGCAUCGCUAUGGUCCGUUCAGUGCCACUAUGAAUGACCUUUCCCUGUUUAACAUUUCUUUGCUCUUGUCUUCUUGAUCCUCCUGUUUCCCAGGGUGCCCCUCCGCUAGAAUGCCGCUGCUGUUACUGUCACACGUGUACUACCCACCGCCCCUCCUUCCUCCCGUUGCACUCUGUUAGCCCUGGAGUCCAGGUCCUGCUCUCUCCUCCUUUCCGCUAUCCUUCAUCAUCCAUCUGCUAACCCACCUGACACACCUCUAACUCUCUCUCUCGUCAUUCCAUGUCCACCUUUAGUUUUUUUUCCCAGGCACUUCAUCUAGCUACAUAAUAUUUGCCCUUUUGAUAUGACAUAGCCUACACUGAAUUUCUGCCACAUUCUCUAUUUUCUUGUAGUCAUUGCAUUUGAGCUUUUUUAAGAUAAGCAGUUCUUUCUCAUGAAUUGUUUCCCGAGGAUAAUUAGGCUAUACCUUAGCUUUGACUUAACCAGCUACAAAUGAUUAAUGGCUUAACAGUUGUGCUGCUAAUGAUCUAGUGUUUUAAUUGCAUAGCUGUGUGAUCAGUACAAAUAGAAAGAUGCUUGAGGUGGCCUAUUUAGUCUUAAUCCUGCUAUAUCACUCAACUUUUGGAUUCUGAUGAAUCGGAUGUUGGACAGCUAGAAUUGAUAUAUAUACAGUUUAAGUCAGAAGUUUACAUACACCUCAGCCAAAUACAUUUAAACUCUGUUCUAUCACAAUUCCUGACAUUUAAUCCUAGUAAAAAUUCCGUCUUAGGUCAGUUAGGAUCACCACUUUAUUUUAAGAAUGUGAAAUGUCAGAAUAAUAGUAGAGAGAAUUAUUUAUUUCAGCUUUUAUUUCUUUAAUCACAUUCCCAGUGGGUCAGAAGUUUACAUACACUCAAUUAGUAUUGGGGAUCAUUGCCUUUAAAUUGUUUAACUUGGGUCAAAUGUGUCGGGUAGCCUUCCACAAGCUUCCCACAAUAAGUUGGGUGAAUUUAUGCCCAUUCCUCCUGACAGAGCUGGUGGUUUGUAGGCCUCCUUGCUCACACACACUUUUUCAGUUCUGCCCACACAUUUUCGAUAGGAUUGAGGUCAGGGCUUUGUGAUGGCCACUCCAAUACCUUGACUUUGUUGUCCUUAAGCCAUUUUGCCACAACUUUGGAAGUAUGCUUGGGGUCAUUGUUCAUUUGGAAGAUCCAUUUGCGACCAAGCUUUAACGAGCAGUGGCUUCUUCCUUGCUGAGCGGCCUUUCAAGUUAUGUCGAUAUAGGGCUCGUUUUACUGUGGAUAUAGAUACUUUUGUACCUGUUUCCUCCAGCAUCUUCACAAGGUCCGUUGCUGUUGUUCUGGGAUUGAUUUGCACUUUUCGCACCAAAGUACGUUCAUCUCUACAGGCCCCCCUGUAGCUCAGUUGGUAGAGCAUGGCGCUUGCAAUGCCAGGGUUGUGGGUUUGUUUCCCACGGGGGGCCAGUAUGAAAAAUGUAUGCACUCACUAAAUGUAAGUCGCUCUGGAUAAGAGCGUCUGUUAAAUGACCCCAAAAAAAUCUCUAGGAGACAGAACGCGUCUCCUUCCUGAGCGAUAUGACGGCUGCGUGGUCCCAUGGUGUUUAUAUUUGCGUACUAUUGUUUGUAAAGAUGAACGUGGUACCUUCAGGCGUUUGGAAAUUGCUCCCAAGGAUGAACCAGACUUGUGGAGGUCAACCAUUUUCUUUCUGAGGUCUUGGCUGAUUUCUUUUUUUUCCCCAUGGUGUCAAGCAAAGAGGCACUGAGUUUGAAAGUAGGCCUUGAAAUACAUCCACAGGUACACCUCCAAUUGACUCAAAUUAUGUCAAUUAGCCUAUCAGAAGCUUCUAAAGUCAUGACAUCAUUUUCUGGAAUUUUCCAAGCUGUUUAAAGGCACAGUAAACUUCUGACCCACUGGAAUUGUGAUACAGUGAAUUAUAAGUGAAAUAAUCUGUUUGUAAACAAUUGUUGGAAAAAUUACUUGUGUCAUGCACAAAGUAGAUGUCCUAACCGACUGGCCAAAACUAUAGUUUGUUAACAAGAAAUUUGUGGAGUGGUUGAAAAACAAGUUUUAAUGACUUUAAACUGUAUAUGUAGACAGUAGUACAUUUCAGUGUUGCAUUGCCACAAUGUACUUUAUUUGGGGUUUAUCAGUGGUGUUUAGUGUAAUCAGAUAUACAGGACUACUAAUUGAAGUGAAUUUAUUCAUAUGGAAAAGCUAUAACAUAUGAUAUUUAUCCUGGUAGUGAUCAGUGUUGAUUUCUGGCUGCUGAUGUGUUAACAGAGAUGCUUUUUUUUCGGUGACCCUAUUGGUUAAGAGUGCAUGUUUGGAUCCUAAUGGUGUUUUCACAUUUUCACUUAAUUUGAAACUCAGAUUAAGAGACAGAUGGGAGUGUGUGUGGUCUGUUAGGUCUCCAACAGCCUGUUUUGCUAUGUUGUGGAUUGAGCCCUGGUGUCUGUGAUUCUUGCAUCACUGGACUGUGCCUUUAAUCCACUUGCACGUGUGCUGAGGACUUGAGUGUGCGACUCUCAUCCCCCCUCCCCUCCCCCGGCAGAUUGACCCUCUGGAGAUGGAUGCAGACAUGCAGUCCCUGGGCAGCACCACCUGGCUCUUCAACCAGAGAGACUCCAACAAGCGCCCUGUCAGCACCAAGUACGAGACCACCAUAUUCUGAGACUGGAUCCCCUGCCCCGCCUCCACCCCGCACUAGCACCCAGUUUGACCCCUGACCUCUACCACCCUCUCUCUCUCUCUCUCUCUCUCUCUCUCUCUCUCACAAGCCCCGUGCCUUCUCACUGUGAUGGUAGCAUCCCUCAGGGCUGCCCCCUCUCCUUUGCCCUGCCCUGACCUACACAAACCUCACCCUGCUCUGACAUCACACAUCCCUGCAGCUCUCUCUCCUGUUCCUCACCCCUUGGCAGCCCCUGCUCCUCCUGACACUGCUGCAGCCACUGAUGGAGCCCCUUGACUUGUGGAUGGACCUGAACUGAACCUACAAUGGCCCUGCUCUCUCAACCGAUCUGCCUCCUCCUCCUCCCAACUACUUGCAUUUGCAUCCACCCCCUAUUAGGUUUAUCAUCAUUGAAGAGAUUGUGGCUUUUUAUUCUCUUCCUGUCAUGCCAUUAUUUUCCAAGUGACUCCCUUCAGUCAAAACAAGCAUAACUUUUUUUUUUGUUGAGCUACCUGUUGCAUUUUUACCUGAUAGUUACAUGAUUAGCAUUGGCUGUACUGCCAAUGUGAACAAGAAAAGAACAAACCUUCAUAAGUCCCCCUUUUUAUCUAACACCAAAGGACUACUACUCUUGUGAUAUUAUCCACAGACCGUUUUGGUCCCAUAUAGAGUGGAACUCUUAGCCUAUCCUUCCCAAACAACCUCCUCAGUCAUAAACAAUAGUUUAUCCCCUUCCCAAAAGGAUUAACAGUUUUUCUUGUCUUUUUAAUGCCAUGUUUAUUUUUGUAUUUCACUUGUUUUUCCCUAAAGGCAAAUUCAAUAUUUUUAUUUCCCCAUCUGUAGCUUGUCCUGUCUUGCCAGACAUCUACCACUGUGAGGCGCUGUGAGGAGACACAUCUAGCUUGGGCUGCAUGAAGGACAAAACAUCUAUUAAAAAAUAAUAAAAAAUAACAACACACUUUUUUUCUACGCAUUUUUUUAUCAUACAUUGAUGGAUCAUCAAGGAAUCUUCCCUUUCCAUUAGAAAUGGAUCAAGAACUGAACCUCAAUUUCCUGUGUGCUCUUCUCAUACACAAAUGGGAGGACAACUUCUUAAUCAAUCUGCCAAGAACAGUAGCCUUAAUUACUUCAAUCUGGCCAUCUAUCAGUUUAUCUAAAUGUAAUCAAUUGAGCAUCCCUUGCCACCAUCACACACUCUCCACACCUGCUGACUGCUACAUGCGUCUUCCAUGGUUAAAAAGGACUAACAGCACUUUCGAGUUGACAACACAUGAACACUUUGGCUGAGCUGCAAUGAAGGUGUUGUAAUGGUACAGGUUUGUCCAGAUAAUAAUGUAUAUAAUGCUCUGUAGCGCCACAGUGUGCAUGGUGCCACACCAGUAAUUGUAUUACGAAGAGAGACAAUCAUCAGAGACUGUUCGGCUCAUCAGAGAACACUGUGCUAAAACAUGGCACUAUCCCUUUUAAAACAUUUUUGUUUUAAAAUGGAUAUGGUUGGUUUCUUUAAUAAGAGAUGCUUCCUAAAAUAUAUUUAGUGAAAGAAACCAAGGGAAAUCGAAGCAUCACCACAAUCUGUUGUCGUAGUAAAUAAUGCAAAUACAAACGUAUGAGAAAUUACCAAAACAAAUGGUCAUGAAGGCCACGUUUUGGGUAUGUCCAAGGAAUUUGAUGUCAAUAAUUUAAUUUGCCAAUUCAUGGUGAAGGAUACAAGAUAUUCCCAAUAACAUUGUUUUAAUUUUAGACUAUUUAUGAGGCAAGGCACAUUGGUGUUGCUGGACUCCUUAUGUAGCAUCUUAUCAAGAUUACGUGGGUUGUAAUCCAUGCCAUGUCACAUAGGUUCAACAUGAGGUACAGUAUGUUUAAACACAUUUGUCACUAGAAAAUGAGUGACAGUGCCAAAGAUUCAAUGCACUAUAUAUAUAAAAGUAUGUGGACACCCCUUCAAAAUUAGUGGAUUUGGUUAUUUCAGCCACACCCGUUGCUGACAGGUGUAUAAAAUCGAGCACACAGCCAUGCAAUCUCCAUAGACAAACAUUGGCAGUAGAAUGGCCUUACUGAAGAGCUCAGUGACUUUCAAUGUGGCACCAUCAUAGGAUGCCACCUUUCCAACAAGUCAGUUCAUCAAAUUUAUGCCCUGCUAGAGCUGCCCUGGUCAACUGUUAGUGCUCUUAUUGUGAAAUGGAAAUGUCUAGGAGCAACAACGGCUCAGGCGCGAGGUGGUAGGCCACACAAGCUCACAGAACGGGACCGCUGAGUGCUGAAGCGCAUAGUGAGUAAAAAUCGUCUGUCCUCGGUUGCAACACCCACUACCGAGUUCCAAACUGCCUCUGGAAGCAAGAACUGUUUGUUGGGCGCUUCACAAAAUGGGUUUCCUUGGCCGAGCAGCCGCACACAAGCCAAAGAUCACCAUGCGCAAUGCCAAGUGUCGGCUGGAAUGGUGUAAAGCUCACCGCCAUUGGACUCUGGAGCAGUGGAAACGCGUUCUCUGGAGUGAUGAAUCACCCUUCACCAUCUGGCAGUCCGACGAACAAAUCUGGGUUUGGCGGAUGCCAGGAGAAUGCUACCUUCCCGAAUAUAUAGUGCUAACUGUAAAGUUUGGUGGAGGAGGAAUAAUGGUCUGGGGCUGUUUUUCGUGGUUCAGGCUAGGCCCCUUAGUUCCAGUGAAGGGAAAUCUUAAUGCUACAGCCUCCAAUGACAUUCUAGACGAUUCUGUGCUUCCAACUUUGUGGCAACAGUUUGGUGAAGGCCCUUUCUUGUUUCAGCAUGACAAUUCCCCCGUGCACAAAGCGAGGUCCAUACAGAAAUGGUUUGUCGAGAUCAGUGUGGAAGAACUUAACUGGCUUGCACAGAGCCCUGACCUCAACCCCAUCGAACACCUUUGGGAUGAAUUGGAAAGCCGACUGCGAGCCAGGCCUAAUCGCCCAAAAUCAGUGCCCGACCUCACUAAUGCUCUUGUGGCUGAAUGGUCCCUGCAGCAAUGUUCCAACAUCUAGUGCAAAGCCUUCCCAGAAGAGUGGAGGCUGUUAUAGUAUUACUGCAACUCGCUGUUGGCUGGCCUCCCUGCCUGUGCCAUUAAACCCCUACAACUCAUCCAGAACGCCGCAGCCCGUCUGGUGUUCAACCUUCCCAAGUUCUCUCACGUCACCCCCCUCCUCCGCACACUCCACUGGCUUCCAGUUGAAGCUCGCAUCCGUUACAAGACCAUGGUGCUUGCCUAUGGAGCAGUGAGGGGAACGGCACCUCUGUACCUUCGGGCUCUGAUCAGUCCCUACACCCAAACGAGGGCAUUGCGUUCAUCCACCUCUGGCCUGCUGGCUCCCCUUCCUCUGCGGAAGCAUAGUUCCCGCUCAGCCCAGUCAAAACUGUUCGCUGCUCUGGCACCCCAAUGGUGGAACAAGCUCCCUCACGACGCCAGGACAGCGGAGUCACUCACCACCUUCCGGAGACAUUUGAAACCCCACCUCUUUAAGGAAUACCUGGGAUAGGAUAAAGUAAUCCUUCUACCCCCCCCCCCCAAAAAAAAUUGUAAAGUGGUUAUCCCACUGGCUAUAGGGUGAAUGCACCAAUUUGUGAGUCGCUCUGGAUAAGAGCGUCUGCUAAAUGACGUAAAUGUGCCCUUGAGCAAGGCACUUAACCCUAAUUGCUCCUGUAAGUCGCUCUGGAUAAGAGCGUCUGCUAAAUGACUAAAAUGUAAAUGUAAAUGUAAAAAUGUAAAAUGUAAAUAGUAGCAAAGGGGGGACCAAUUCCAUAUUAAUGCCCAUGAUUUUGAAAUGAGAUGUUCGACGAGGUGUCCACAUACCUUUUGUCAUGGUCUUUUGUCAUGGUCUGUUGGCUCUAUCUGUUUGUGUUUUGCUCAACCUAUUCUGUGUGCUGUGUAGCCUUGUGUUAGUGUCCUUAUGGGAAGAUGGCUUGUUCUGUCUCUAGCCGCUGUCCUCAUUCUGUGUCCCCUGCUGCAGAAGAUGUUAUGUUUAGCCUCUCUCCGAACGACACCUGGUUAAUACAGGAUGGCUGACUGGAGAAUGACUGUUAAGACGUGCUAGUCUCUGUGUGGUAUUGUAGCUGUGUCUCAUCGUUACUCUGUCCUGUUCUGACUGUUACUGUACUGAUGCAUGUGGCAGUAUUUGUGUUUCGUCCUCUGAUGGCCCAUUGAGGUGUACAUACAUAGCAGUGUCUGUUUUGUUUUAUCUUAUAAUUUGCUGUUAUGUUUGACUUUUUUCUUGGUUUCACAAAUACAGCACCUCAUCUCAUUUACAUUGUCCAGCAUUGUCAUUUAUCUUGCACUAAGUAUGUUCCUCCCUGUUAUGUGUUGAAAUCAUGAAGCCCCAUUCAACCUGCUCUGGUUUGGGUGCAUAUAAAAGCCUAUGUUUUUAAAGAGCAGGGGCUAUUUCAAGCAGACACAAUUGUGGUGGCAUGAUUUGGCUGUGCAUGUUUCUGUCUUUUUUAACGCCAGUGUUUUCCUUGUGUAGCUCACGCCAGCGUUCAAGUUUCCGGACACCAAGCUGUGAGUUGAAGUGGAGCAGCCAAUGUGAGCGUCUGCAUGAGUGUAGACUAGAGCCAGAGACCAACAGGGAUACAUGCAGCGGGUCUAUGAGGGACUGUUUGGUAAGGUCUGCUGCCUUCUACAACCUCUCCUGAAUACCAAGUAACGAGAAAUGAAAUGAUAACCUUACACUAGCUGUCUGUCUCCACUGGGUAAGCAGGGCCUGUCUCUCACUCCUAUCUCGAGAAGGUCAGUCUGAAAGGUCAAAUAUCCUCCCUGGCCUCACACUGACUGUCUUUACCUCCACAUCUGACUUCAUGUAGGUACUGUAAUAUACAGAUCAUAGAUAAUUAUGAUGGGCCAUUAAUGACAAUUUGUAUUGAUUCAGGUAUAUUUGAGAUGAUCAUGUUGUUACUGCAAGGAUCAAGAAGAGAGAACAAGAGUACAUUAAUCAAAUGUAGAACUACUGUACCAGCAUAAUAAUGCUAUGCCCAUGUAUUUGUGGGCAAAGUAUAGUUUGUCAAUAAUAAUGUGAUAAUGUUUAAAAUUGUAAAGCAAUAUAUACCUGAAAUUAAAUAGUACAAUGGAAAAUCUCAUUCUUAAGGUAUUUGAUUGUGUCUUAGGGCAUCUUACUUGCAUGGGAGUUUGAAGGAGCUGCCAGAGUUAAUUGCAUCUCUUUGUCACUAAGACAAGCCCAGGGACUGGCAGAGGAGAUGUAUGCAUGCAAAAGUCAUACUCCCUCACUAGCAAAGAUAUUUGGAACAGAAAAUGUGAUGGAAAUAAACUGAUGCAUUUUUAAAAUACACUAUUUUCAUAUGGCUAACUGACGUAGUAAGAGGAUGAAAUAUAUUAUUUAAUGGAGGGACAACUGAUUUAAAUUAGGUAGAAAAUGCAACUUACAAACACUUUACCCUUGUAAAAACUGGAAGCUUCUACACAUGUAGCUUCUACAGGCUGCAGUAUCUGUUAUUUAGUGUGAGAUCUUAGCAUGGUAUUGUAGGUUUAAAUCACUUACAAGUAAGUAAAGAGUAUAAAAAGGGAUGAACACCAGCAGAUGCUAUGAUCUUCAAAGACUGACAUACUACAAUAUGUACAGUAUGUAGUGAAUAAGUAGGCCAGAAAUGGGCAACUUUGAUGGGGCUGGGGGCCACAACAGAGGUACCAUGCCCAUAGGGAGCCCCUUCAGAUUUGUCCUGUUAAAAAUGUAAUAAUACUAGCCACUUAGCAACUUCAUGAAGUUGGCUUUAGCUAGCCUAAUCUCCCAACCUCAUAACUA